UUCCUGUUCUGUUCUCGGUCUUCGCAGGUGCUGGCCAGAGCGGCUUCUGGAUCCCGUUUGCCUUUCCUCAGGGCCCGACGUGGAGCAAGGGGGCUGCGAGCCGGGGGAGCGUCCCAGCCCCAGGCAGGAGAACAGGUGCCCAGCCAGCCGGCCACCAUGGAACAGUUCAGCUCCUUCUUCGACUCCCUCUGGAAACUCAUUCACACCAAGCACCAGGAGGGCGUCUUCAAUACCGUCUGCCUGGCAGUGCUGAUCGGGCUGCCCUUCCUCGUCCUCCUCAUCUUCCUCUUCAUCUGCUGCCAUGCCUGCUGCUGCAGCCGGCGGCAGGGCAGCGGCAGCAACAGGAAGGUCCAAGCGGAGAGGAACAAGAAGAGGAAAAAGAAGGGCGAGGACGACCUGUGGAUCUCGGCUCAGCCCAAGCUGCUCCUGCUGGACAAGACGCUGUCGCUGCCGGUCUAGCUGAAGGGAGGUGGGACCCUGCUUCCAGGGAGCCCUGCUGGCUGAGCGCCAAGAGGAGCUGCUGUGACUUUAACAAGUCGUUUGGCUUGUCCUGCAAAUCCGAGUGAGAACUCGGGGACGGCACGAGAGGGCACGCAGCCCGGCGGCGCUUUACGUGCACACCCAUCGUUGCACGAGGCAGCACGCUCCAGGACAAACAUGCGUGUGCACAAGGACAUUUGUGCACUCACCCAUCUGUAUGCACGGGGAUAGAACCCUUCAUGGGCACAACAGACCUGCACUCCCACACAAACAGGCCUCACGCUGCGGGAACAAAGACCUGCGCGUCCAGGGACACGCACAGACACACGCCCUUAAAGCUAACCCACCCUUGCACGCCGCCCCGUGCAUGCGGACGCGUGCUCCUGCCUAGGGAGCAGCACAAAGCCACAGCUCCACGGAAAGGGCUUCCUUCCCACCCGGGCAAGCGGCUGCUUUGAGCUCCUGACGAUGGGGAUCUAUCCCAUCAUCAGAGCUUCCACGAGGCACCUAGAACCCACCCUGCCUUAGGGACCAAAGGAUGCUCCCCAAAGCCAGCAAAGCUCCCCCCACGGCUGGCAGCCAGAAAAGGCAGCAAGAACAGCUCAAAGGUGGCACAGUAAGGGACCGAAACCUUUGCGCUGGCAUUACAGAGCCCAGCUCCCCCGGUCUCGAAGCAGACGGGUCCUUGGGCAGCUCAUUCUGCUGCAGGGGAGGUGGCUCCAUUUCUACCCUGCAGCAAGAGAGGAGAGUCCAGCAGAUACUGCCCUGAGGCUUGGCUCCAGCAUUAAAGCGGUUUAUUUAAUGGCGACUAGGAAGGGUUCAUUGAGGACCAAAGGCCCACGGGGACUACCCGGGCUUCAGAACAUGGACUCCACGUGAUAACUCAGGCCACUCUCCGCCCAGCAUGCUAGACACACAUGCAGCCAGGACCACGCCCCCCAGGCCCAUGGGCACGCCCAGGCCGUGCACACCCCCUCCCCCCCCCACCACAUAGGGUUGCCAGAUGGUUUCAACAAAAAUACCGGAUACACUUGACAUGGCACCACAAUCUACAUUCCAUCUUAUCCGGAAAGUACCAGACUGUUCUACUUUCUCAAUUUGUUUCCCCGAACAGAACGCUCAAAUACUGGACGGUCCAGUUCAAAACCGGACCCCUGGCAACCCUACCACCGUGCUCCGGUGGGGAGUAACUCCUGCCAUCCCGCGCUGCAGCUGGCCCAGGGAGAACUUUGUGGGAGCCAGAGCAAGAGCCGCUGGCCCUGGAAUGCCACAUGGGGGCUUAGAAGGGGACCUGCAAUCCAGAUUAAAUCAGAUGACUUCAUACCUCUCACCCGCCAAAGCAUCCUUCCCUCCCCACGCACACAGACCCACCCCCUACCUCUCACCCGCCAAAGUGUCCUUCCUUCCCUCCCUUCCUCCCCAGACACCUCCCUAUCUCCCCAACACCCCCCCCCCGUCCCCCCAGGUCUUCCUCCCACUCCGGAAACCUUCCUCUUCUCAAGAAGGCAGCUUGUCCAUCCCAGCAGGUAGCCAGACAGCAGAUCACAGCCCUCUGUGUCCCCUGCUCCCCCUCUGCCCCCACCCACACCCUCUUGGGACUGCAAAGUCUAUUUCCCAGAGGUCUUGCCUGGCUCCUGCCUCUGCAUCACAACGAGCAUCAAGGCUUCUUGAAGUCUCACUUAUACAGCUUGCAAAUCAGCAGAGCGGGUGGGGGCCUCGACUCAGCUGCUCUUUCCAAGGAGCCAGGGCCAGACACAUAGUUUCACUCUCAAGGCUCUGCUGAGAACAUUCUGCUUCAGUUUAUUUUUAGCCUCCAGCCCCGACAGCUCAGGGAAAACACACAAACCCGUCCGGACCAGCGCUGAGCGGCGGAGACUCCAGUGUGGCAGACUCCGGUGCUGGGACCUCAUCUGCAGCAGGGCCCCUCAGUCUCCCUCCACCAGAGGAGUUUGCCUCUGGGAUUCCCCUCCCCUAGGGUAUGUGAUCACCCGGGAGAGCUGGGCUGGCCAAGUGCAGCCCCGCUGGUAGGGCCGCAUGAUGACUUUCUUGGGCCCCAGGCUCUUUUGCCUACAUAGGCCCCUUCCUCCAUUAAAAAAAAAAAAAUUGAUAUAACUUUAAAUACUUCAACAUUUUAUUUUGUUCUCUGUUUUAGGCAAAAUUUAAUAGAUUUUUGUGAGCCCUAAAAGUUUCAUUUUUUUCUGGUGAGAGAAAUAAAUUAAAACAUUUUCUUCAACCCUAAAAGAUUUUUUUUCUGAUUUUAAAAGAAAUUAAAACAUUUUCGUGGGCCCCUAAAAGUAUCAUGGGCCCUAGACACUGUGUCUACUGGAUAAGUCGUCCCUGCCCGCUGGCAACAUCACAUCACUGGGUUUGGCUUCAGCCCCUGAUGUCGCCUCACCCAGGACCUUAUGGGAGAUGCUGUUCAGCUCCUUCAGCCGCUUUGUCUCCAUUAAACAACGGGGACCCCCAUUUUCAAGGCUGAGGCAACCAGUAGGAGUCAGAUCUGACCCAAAAAGCCUAAACUCUCCCUGAACAGCUCUGGCUCCCCUGCUGGUGCCUUAAGGGCCCCGUUUCUGCUCUGGGAUGUGCCGUUAUUUCUCUUUCCAAAAUGGUGCAGUGUUAUACUCUCCCCACCCCUAUGGUUUGCCAGGUUAAACAAGCUUGGGACAGCAUCCCUCCGCCAGGGGCAAACACACUCUGCCCUUGCAUGGGGUGCCUCUGACCAGCCCCAUUGUGAUGGAACCAGGCCCUGGGAAAGGACGUGCUCAGGCGUAAACAGGGCAAAGCGAGGGGAAGUGUAAUAGGAGCUGCGAGCGCUUACCAGCUGACAGAGAGGAAGCAUCCUUCGACCUGUAGCUGUUUCACUCUGCCAUAGAGCGAGGGUACAGAAAGGCAUGCUGGGAAACGGCAUCUGCAAGGGCCCUCAAACCUGUACCCGCAAACAUCAGCAGGGACCAGGAAGUCGGAGGAAUAGCAGCACUCUACCACGGCCCAAACCAUUACAGCCGAACUCUGGGACAGUUCGGAGCCAUAGCCAAACUUUGUAGACAUGUGCUGCCUCUUUAAUGGGCUAAGAGCCCUAGCUCCCCCUGACUUGGCCCCAUCUCUACCCACCACACAGGGUCAGAAGAGCAACACUUAAGCAGCACCUUAUAAGAGAGCCGCCAUCUUGGCCCAUACCAGGGAAUCCAACCAGCGCUGGCAGCGAGAGCGUCUGAUUUGAACUGCAGGAGACCACGGGUCUUCGUGACACGUGCUAACCAGCAGGCUCCGGGGUCUGAUGGAUAUUCAGUAUACCCAUAUCAGCGCCACUUUCUCUGGUUCCUACAUUUAGCUCUGCCACUGCAAGGAACAGCCUCUGCCAUGCAGGGUGCACUGGAAGAACAGCAUCUGGAUUUCAGUGUCGGCCUCUUUUCUUUUCUGCACAGUUCAUGC